GAAGUUUUUGACUAACAAUAAUGACAUAUUAGUCACCAGAGCCGACAAGGGACAGGUUACCGUAGUCAUGGAUAAACCAGACUAUGUCAACCAAAUGAACGAGCUCCUAAAUGAUACAUCAACGUACCGUAAAAUAAAAAAAGAUCCCAUCAAUACACUAACGUCAAAAAUUAACUCUCUCGUCAAAUCUUGGCACGAUAACGACAUAAUCGACACACAAACCUAUAGGUCCCUAAAUUGCACGAAUGGCAAUCUCCCGCGAUGCUAUGGGCUACCAAAAAUACACAAGAACGGAUACCCAUUACGUAUCAUUGUGUCUGCGUUGGGUAGCCCACUUUACAACAUUGCUAGAUUCCUACAUGACAUCCUACAUCACUCAGUUCAUAAACCGACGUCUCACGUCAAAGAUAGCUGGUCAUUCGUACAAAAAAUUAGCAACACUACUAUUCGCUCUGAUGAACUGCUCGUUUCGUUGGACGUCACGUCUCUCUUUACGAACAUCCCGAAAGAGUUAGUCAUUAAAGCUAUCGAGAAACGCUGGACCGAGAUUUCAACUAACACCGCUCUUAACCUACCUCAGUUCAUAUACGCUAUCGAACUAGUACUAAAUUCCACCAGUUUCAAAUUCGACGGACAAUAUUACGAGCAGAUUUUUAGUAGCCCUAUGGGAUCACCUUUGUCACCGAUCUUGGCCGACUUAGUCAUGGAUGAUCUGGAGACGGAAUGCCUUAAAAAACUUGACUUCGAAAUACCUAUUUUCU